AUGGAGGGGGCAGCGGAGGGGGGGACGGGCCAGGACUCGGCGGCCGCCAGCUCUCCCUCCCCUCCUCCGAAGCGGGCAGGGGCCCGGCGGUGCAGGCUCGGCUCCUGCUCAGGCCCCGACCCUCCUUCCCUGGGCUCAGAAGCCCGCCAUGCAGAAGGCAGGCGCGCACGUUCCAUCCGUGGACAGAGGGGUCCCUCGUUGAAGCGGCCUGAGGGCAAACAGGGCAGCCCAGUCCGGCGAGUCCGCAGGCCGCCAUGCUGCUCUCGCCGAGGGCUGUCCUCCCGGAAGGGCUGCGUCUCCCAGGGCGGAGAAGUCGGAACGGGAGUCUCUCAGGGCUGCUCGCCAGCUUUGCGAGGGCGGGGAGGAGGGUCAGGAGGGAAAGAGGGUCCCAGUUUGGCUUUUUCCGGCGGUGACGAUGAAGAGCUGUUUCUUCAGGCCUCCAGAACCCAGGCUCGAGGGACGCCCUCUCCACAGCGCCGCCACAGACCAGGCCGCUUCCCCUCAGGCGCCCGAGACGCAGUUGACUGUGUGCGCAUGCGCGAGCCUCGAGCGUCACCUGUUUCCCGCCUUUUCACAGGCACGCGCCCCUCCCUCUACCGCCGCUCCUCCCUGCAGGCCGCGCGUGGGGCACGGGCAGUCUCCUGUGAAGACAGUGAGGAGCUCAGCAGCCUGGUGAAGUCCGAGGGUCCGCGGAGCCUGGCGCUACGGCCACGUCCCCAGCAGGCACCCUGCCCGCAGUCCGUGGAGGUGCACGUCCACGGCAGCGGCUUCGUGGCCCAGACUUCCAGAUCCCACCAGCCCUACCUCAAGAGCUGGGCCCAGGAGCUGGGCGCCCCCAUCCUCUCCAUCGACUACUCCCUGGCCCCCGGGGUCCCCUUCCUCCGCGCGCUGGAGGAGUGCUUCUACGCCUACUGCUGGGCCAUCAAGCACUGCGCCCUCCUCGGCUCCACAGGUGAAUGGAUAUGCCUCACUGGGGACAGUGCAGGCGGGAACCUCUGCUUCACCGUGUCCCUUUGGGCAGCAGCCUAUGGAGUGGAUACCAGAUUACCAGAUGGCAUCAUGGCAGCCUACCCGGCCACAAUGCUGCAGUCUACCACCUCUCCUUCCCGCCUCCUGAGCCUCAUGGACCCCCUGCUGCCCCUCAGCGUGCUCUCCAAGUGUGUCAGUGCCUAUGCUGGUGGGGAGACAGAGGACUACUCCGACUCGGACCAGAAGGCGCUGGGCAUGAUGGGGCUGGUGCGGCGGGAUACAGCUCUGCUCUUGCGAGACCUGCGCCUGAAUGCCUCCUCAUGGCUCAACUCCUUCCUGGAGCUGAGCAGGCACAGGUCUCACAUGAAUUCGGUGCCCAUGGCAAGUGAGUGAAGCCCUUCCCUGAUGAACCCAUCCAGCGUAGCCAGGAGGGACAGCCUGGCACACCAAAAGUCCUGGGGGAGUUAAGGGGCCAUGGCCUGGACACACAGGGAAGCAGAGAUCACCUACCAAGCUCUGCCCCCUAUCCAUCCCUGGUCCCUACCACAAAGCCUUGAUUUGCCACCACUGUCCACAUCUGGAAACCCCAGGACUUCUGGCCCCCCAGGUCAUCUCAGAGUCCCAGGAACUAUAGGAUUUAGCUUUCCAAACAGCCUCUCCCAGAAAGGUACCCUGGGAAAUGACUAAAAAGUCCUGCCACGUGUUUUGAUUCUCAAUCCCAAGAAUGCCACCUGAAUCCCUUGGGCCCUCAGGUGGGAGUCCAGCCUUCCUAUACUCUUUCCAGACUUUUAACAGAGGCCUAUGUGGGUAAUACCCCCCUCCAGGGGAUGACCUAGGAGCCUGGGGUGGGGAGAUCAGCAGCCUGGACAGCCCUUGGGAAGUGGAGGAGAUUCCCAGCCUUGGAUGGGUGGCAGGACCCUCAGGCAGCUGAAAAUCACACCCCUCCAGGGAUCCAUUUUUUUCCCACUUUCUUUUAACAUUUUAAGAAUUUUGCGGCACAACAAACUCAAUUUAUUUUCUUUCUUUUUUUUUUUUUUUUAAAGCAACAGCUGUAGUUUAAUUCUUACAGUUAGGUAGUACUUGUUUUAAAUAUAUCAUCAUAUUUUAGCUUUCACAACAGUCUUAUGUGGGUAAUUAUUAUUAUAUAAAUGGCGUGAGCCUUGCAGCAUUCAUGCAAUUUGCUCAAGUCACACUUCGAGUAAGUUCAACUCAUUUUCUAUCUCUAGCAAAUCAACACUAUUUUCUGAGUAAUAAGAAUUAUAUGUUCAAAACUGGAUGUAGUUCCUAUGAUUCAGAAAAUUAUUUAAAUUAAGUUUUUCAUUUUAGGAUAUGGAUGCAAAUAAAUACAGACAAAAACAAUUAAAAGGGAUUUGAAUUUUAGGCACAUGGACCAUUGAGCACUGGGGUUUCCCUUGGAGGAUAAGGUGACAAGUGGUCCCCUAGAGGGCCACAUGUCAGUCUAGCUCCUUAUGGUACCAGGUACUCACUGGUUGCUGGGUGAUGUAAGCAAAUAUCGGUAUCUGUGAGCCUUGCUUUGCUCCUCUGUGAAAUGGGUGCAAUAAGGAUGUUGUAAGGACUGCAUGCACCUCUUUGCGUCAAUCACCCAGCAUAAUACUGGCACACAGUAGGUGCUCUUGGAAGAUGCCGGCACCCCUGACAGACCCACUAGGUCAUGGUGCACUUCUGCAGUUCUUCUCUCAUAUCAUCUUGCAUUUUGCCUUCAUGGAUUUAUAAAGACAAGUGAAAAAACUGAAAAAGGUAGGGUCCUGGCCCUAGUGGUAAGCAGCAGGGGUCUGAUAAAAUUAAUUUAUAUCCAAACCGGACCAAGAACAGCUUUGCAUGAUGGGGAGAGAAUCCUCCCAAGAUGCAUGCCUAGGUGAGAACAUCAACUGAGAGUUCUGGCAGGUGACCCUUCAGUUCAUCACUGUCCAAGGCAGAAGCCACUCCCCACAUGUGGCUACUGAGCACUUGAAAUGGGGUGAGUCCAAGUUGACAUGUGCUGAAGUGUAAAACACAUACCAGGUUCCGAAGACUAGGAAUGAGAAAAAGAGUGUAAAUAUCUCACUAAUAAUUUUAUAUUCAUUACAU